AAAAUCAAACCCCCAUAGAUAUUCGCAGCGGUGACCGCUAUAUAAGUCUUCGUCCACGCACCCUAGGCCCUUACCCUAGCAACUCUGAUCUCUUUCAUUUUCACUGAAAACAAUCUUCAAAGUAAAGCUAAACCCUUAAUCUUUCAAUGGCAAACCCUAAGGUCUUCUUUGAUAUGGCGAUCGGUGGCUCACCAGCUGGAAGGAUCGUCAUGGAGCUGUACGCCGAUGUCGUUCCCCGCACCGCUGAGAACUUCCGUGCUCUCUGCACCGGAGAGAAGGGAGUUGGAAAGAGCGGAAAGCCCUUGCACUACAAGGGAUCCGCCUUCCACCGUGUGAUUCCCGAUUUCAUGUGCCAGGGAGGUGAUUUCACCGCUGGAAAUGGUACCGGAGGUGAGUCGAUCUACGGCUCCAAGUUCACCGAUGAGAACUUCGUUAAGAAGCACACUGGUCCCGGCAUUCUCUCCAUGGCUAAUGCUGGUCCUAACACCAACGGAUCUCAGUUCUUCAUCUGUACAUCCAAGACUGAGUGGCUCGAUGGAAAGCACGUUGUUUUCGGCAAAGUCGUUGAAGGUAUGGAUAUUGUGAAGGCCAUCGAGAAGGUCGGCUCCAGCAGUGGUAGGACCUCUAGGCCAGUGACCAUCGCUGACUGUGGACAGCUCUCUUAGAUUUCUCAGCCAUGGAGGUCUAAACAAAGUCUAUUGUGGGUCGGUCUUUUCAGCAAAUAGUUAAUUUCAGCAUAGUAAUGGUCUUUCUCUUUUCUUUUUUUAUCUCCCUAUCUUGUUUUAGGUUUAUGGGAUGUGACUAUGGCGGUAACGGGUUCUCUUACUGAGACCACAUGGAUACUGUUCUCUUUUCUUUUUCUUUUUCUUUCGUUUCUUGCUCUCUAUGUUAUCUGGGUCUGGUGGUUCUGAGACUUUUAUUACCAGUUGAAAUGAGCUAUCUUAAAUAAAAAAAAGAAAAUAGGUCCUUUCUGUUA